AUGGUGCCGCGUAACAAAACACCCGACAGCGGCUCGCGGCAGCAUUUAUUGUUCCUGCUCAGGGGUCUGAGUGUUGGCUGGAGGCUCCUGGCUCUGGAGGGCGGAGCUUUAUGGAAGGCUGUGGUUGGGGCUGGGUGUGGUCCAGCAUCUCCCAUGUGUCCUGGACCAGCGGCUGCCAGCGCAGGGUCUCAUGACUCUGGGAAUUCUGCCUGUGGAAGGCGGUUGGAGCUUAGGGACGGCAGACACGCAACAGCGACCGGCCUCCCCGCCCGAGUGAUCCGAACUCUGUGGUGGCAGCCGCAGUGCUGUAGUGCCUUGCCUGGGCCCACACGCACCGUCACUUCCUCCGCGUUUGCGGGUCACGCGGAGCUGUCCUGCUCCAACACGGGAGGGGACCGUGCAGGCACGAGGGUGCCGGGGCCGCCCGCCGCCCUGCGCCAGCUCCCACCGCCCGUGUCUCCCCAGCUGGCCGCGCUGCGCUCACUGCUGGGCUCUGCCGCCGGCGAGGAGGACAUGGUGCUGGCCAACAACUACCGUCCGCUGCAGCCCCUGCUCCACCGGCAGGUCCGCGCGUCCUUCCAGGCCACUGCGGAGGGUCCGCGUGCAUAGGCGGGGCCCACUCUGAGAAGAGGAAAUGUUGUUUCCCGAGUGUCACAAUCCGAUCCUUUGUGGCUUUUGAAAUUAAAAAGAAAGAGAUUGUUGUUUUA